GUGGGAUGCUUGUUUUACUAGCCCAUACAGUAGGUGGCGGCAAUACACCAAUAGGUUGUAGUCUGCCAUAAAACCUUAAAGAAGAAGAACAUGCGUCACUCAAAGUACGACUCAGGGCACCUGACACAUUAUUGAUAAACUGGAGACCGUGCGAAUAUGCACCAUGACACUGAGGAGGACAAUAGCAGCGGAGCAUCCAACACGCGCUUCGGGCAGUAUAACUAUACUGCAGAGGAGUACCAGGCGGUCCAGAAUGCACUGCGACAGAAGCUGGGACCUGAGUACAUCAGCUCCAGGAUAGCUGGAGGGGGCCAGAAGGUGUGUUACAUCGAGGGGCACCGUGUGAUCAGCCUGGCCAAUGAGAUGUUUGGAUACAACGGCUGGUCUCACUCCAUCUCCCAGCAGAAUGUCGACUUUGUUGACCUCAUCAAUGGGAAGUUCUACGUUGGAGUCAGUGCCUUUGUCAAAGUCCAACUCAAGGACGGGUCGUUCCAUGAGGACGUUGGCUAUGGGGUGAGCGAGGGACAAAAGUCCAAGGCCCUGUCACUGGAGAAGGCCAGGAAAGAGGCGGUCACUGAUGGACUGAAAAGAGCACUCAAAUGUUUUGGAAACGCCCUUGGGAACUGCAUCAUGAAUAAAGAAUACCUCAUAUCCAUCAACAAGAUCCCUAAACAGCCUGCUCCCCCUCUGGACCCGGCCCAGACCAAGCGUUCUGACAGUGAGCCGUCAGUGGAGAAGGCCCGGUUCUCUAGCCUGGCCCGGUGUGAGGGGGCUGGGCCUGGGUCAGGGCGGGCACCACUGGAGCAGCCCAGGGCCCACCACCACCACCACCACCACCACCAGAUUCCCCCAGGGGAGCACAGGGACAAUGGAGGGGGAGCCAGGACCUCUCUCUCACACACCCCUAAUUCUGCCUCUGGACCUGUUGCCCCCUCAGCUCCAUCAGACAGUGAGAACAAGCGCUGUAGUCUUGUUGUGUCUGUAUCAGAUGCGGAGGACCUCUCUCUCUCUGACGCCCACACAGACCCCAAGCAGCUGAGGAAGCUCAAGCAGCAGCAGCUACAGCAGAAGUUCCGCCAGGAGAUGGAGGCGAGAAAGCUCCUGCAGGGACAGGGACAACCUCUACCCCAGCUCAAGACAGAGGGCCCAGACACAGCUGUUGCACAGGCACCCAGUGGAGCUCAUGAUGACCCAGAGCUGUGGGACUUCACUCUAGACGGCAUCCAGGAGUUGGAGGCCCCAGCAGGUGGACCUUCAUCAUCAUCCUUGUUACGGCCCAGCACGCCAGGGGGGAGUCACCAAAUGCUGACCCGCAGUAAGACACCUCAGAGAGGGGCUUCACCAUCCCUACGACCCCCUGUCAGGCCCCACGAGCCCCCACCACACGGCCAAGGACAGGGGGGACACCAACCCCAGUACAGACCCCAAAAUCAGAACCAGCCCCCCAGGACAUCUGACAGGGCAGGUGAGGCAUUCAGUCCAUGUAGGCAAGGACAGUACUUGAAGAAACGCAAGCUGGACCCUUGAGAAAGGGCUGUUUUCACAGUCACCUAAAAGCCAUUUUACCAACAAGUCCUAAUUUUAAUUUGUUUUAUUUUAAUUGAUAUGUUGAGUAUAUGGGCAUCUCUUGUUGCUGCUAAAUGUAAAGAAAAGUUUAUAUUUUUGUAAAUAAAUAAAUCAGUGAUUCCUGUUUGCCUUUCAAAAAUCUGGAAUAUUCUCUUACAUGUAAGUGUAUCCACUUGUAACCUUUGUUCUGAAUGUAAUGUUCUAAUCACGUUCCUGAACGAUAAGAACAUUACAUACCUUCAAUGUUACAGGUCUGGGAUCCUGGCCACACACCAACCUCAUUGGCAGAAAUAAGCCUCAACUAGGCCCACUUGGUGCAUGUAAAAGAUGAAACAAUAGGAUUUCAGUUGUAUUUGUAUUUUUUACAUUUUGUACAAUGUGAAAAAACAGAGUAGACUGGUCGCAAGAGAGGGACAGAAAUCCAAGAGUACAACAUGAAAUAACGUUGUUAUAAUAUGUCAGUAGCCUAAGGAGACAGUAUUGUGCCGGUAGAAUCUUUUCACCACUUGAGGAUAAAUACAUAUUUACUGAUAAUUGGGUGAUUAGUAGCUUCUGUGUUAGCUUUUGCUGUACAGUGGUCUGGUGGGUUGUUGUAGGUAAGCCAAAGGUCUAAAACCAGUUAGCAUGCAGAAUUCAGGAACUGCAGAUGCCAAUAUUAUAUUGAGAUUGACACCUGAGCAAUUCAAGAUCAGCACUUUGUGUGGACUCCCAUACAGCAAGGCAAAGAAUAACAAAAGGAAAAAAGCAGGAUCUCAGUUUUCCCAAAUAUCAUAAACACUUAUCAAAUCAGUAACAACCCUCAGUAUGCAAACAUUAUCUCUAUUCCCCAUUGGUCCCUAUAAAACAUUAAACAUUGCAUAUUCUGCAUUGCAGUAACUCAUUAUUCUCUAGAGAAGUUAGUCGUUUUUCAAUCCAGGAGUGGGUGGAUGAGAAGGUCACUAUUGAGGGGAAUGGCACUCAUCGUGUAAGGUGGCAAAGGAGCAAGAGAAAUGGUGCCAAUGGAGAGAAAAACCACAAUACAACUGCUUAGUUUUCUUAUCUGCUGAAAACAAGUGCUGCUAUGCAAUACUGUACUGAUUACAUUCAUUCAGACAACCCACUUACAGACAAAUCAACAUAGGAUACAUAAACACAAACGCCGGUUUUGGUGACCACACAAAUAAAACUUGUUUUCAUGCA